CUGUAGAUGUUUCACAUUAGGGAAGGAGACAGGUUGCGCUGUCUGGUUUGCACAUCCACUUUGCCGCUCUCUGUCCGCUGCCCGGCGCAACAAAUUAUUACUUCGCUAUCUGAGCCCUUAUCAUACAGUAACUCUCCUUGGAUUACAACGGCUAGCAACCCGUCGCAACCAGCUUUCAGUCGGCUGUUGGCAAGCGGCCGUCAGCGCGCGUGCGUGUGGCGAAGGUUGUCUGUGACGUACUGGCAGUACUUGGAACCCGGUCCGUUCUUGCAGCCUUGAGAGCGUCGCGCGCGACACCCGACAAGUUCGGGCGCCAGCGGCGCAGGCGCAGUCCGACCUCGGCGGUGGAGCCCGCGCGCCCUCUGCGCACCCGGUUUCCCGGUUUCCCUCGGGGCUCUCGCCACUCGCUGCUAGGCAAUCUCUAUCAACAUGGAUGACGACAUGGAUGACCAGGUGCCGUUCUCGCAAGAGGCCAUGCGGCACCAGGACAUGGUUUUCUCGGCCUACAACUUUGGCUCGGGCGGCGGCGCCGCACCCCCCGCGGCCGCCACCACCACCAACGCCUCUCCCACGCAGCACCCCCAGCCGCAGCAACAGCCGCACCCGGCCCCGCCGCCAGCGCACCUGCGGCACCGGCAGUACGAGCUGACGGGCGCGGCCGCCGCAGAGGCGCUGGCGGCAGCUGCUGUCCAGAACCCGAACCUGCUCCUCGCCUCCCUGUUGGAUGGAAGCCAACACGGCGAAUGCGGCGGCCCGCCGCCGCCACCGGGCGCCGGGCCGGCCUCGGCCUCGGCAGCAACGGGCGCACAGACUCGGUCAGGAGGCGGCGUGGGGGAUGGCGCGGGGCCGUCGGCUUCUGGCGCGGGCCGGGAGGAGGCCACACACGCCGGCAGCGUCUCCGCAGUGCUCGGCGCCGGCGCCGGCGGCGCCGGCGGCGCCGGCGGCGCUGAUGCCGACGGUGUCUUCGCGAGCCCCAGUGCCGGCCCGCCAGGAGCAGGAGCAGGAGCAGGCGCGGGCUCUGGGGGAGGCGGUGGCGGAGGUGGAGGCGGAGGUGGAGGCGAGGGCGGGGGCUCGGAUGCGGCGGUGGUGGCGGGCCUGGCGGCUUCGGGAGGCGGGCCGGAGGGGGAGGAGGGGCAGGGGCCGGGACAGGUGUACAGCCUGGCGGCCUCGCAGCGGCAGCGGCGGCGGCGCGGCAAGAUCUUCAGUGACCCCGUGCACGAGAUCAUCAGGCUGGAUCCCAUCCACGUGGACGUGAUCGACACGCCGCAGUACCAGCGCCUUCGCGACCUACACCAGCUGGGCCUCACGCACCUGGUGUUCCCGGGCGCGGUGCACUCGCGCUUCGAGCACAGCUUGGGGGUGGGCUUCAAGUCCUUUGAGGUGGCGGACCGCAUCUUCCGCACCCAGGGACACGAGCUGAGAAUGAGCAAGGACGACGUCAAGAAUGUGUCGCUGGCGGGCCUGUGCCACGACCUGGGCCACGGCCCCUUCUCGCACGUGUGGGAGUACGAGUUCCUGCCGCGGCGCCUGGGCAGUCUGCAGGAGGGCAGCGCGGAGUGGACGCGGCUCAAGAAGUGGAAGCAUGAGGACAUGUCUGGCGCCAUCCUGACACACCUUGUAGACGAGAACCAGAUUGAGGGCAUCAGCAGCGAGGACAUCCGCAAGAUCUGCUCGCUCAUCAAGGGCGACGGCUUCCAGGCGGAGGGCUACCUGUACGACAUCGUGGCCAACAAGCGCAACGGUGUGGACGUGGACAAGUUCGACUACCUGCAGCGCGACGCGCUCAUGUGCGGCGUGGACAUCGGCUGCAGCUUCCGGCGCCUGCUCAUGCUCACCAAGGUCCUGGACAACCAAAUCGCCUACAAGUGGAGCGAGUACUCCAACCUGUGGAACCUGUUCCACAGCCGGGCGUCUAUGUUCCGACAGGUCUACCUACACAGGAAGACCAAGUCUGUUGAGUUCAUGGUGUGCGACGCGCUGGUGGAGGCGGACCAGGCGCUGGGCUUCAGCAGGGCCAGCAGCAACGCCGAGGACUUCUGUAUGCUCAACGACACGCUUCUGAGUCAGAUCGAGCACUAUGGCCUACUGACUGGGGACUUCAGGUCCGCCAAGCGCCAGCGCGAGCAGCGCCGCCGCGCCGACGCCCCCGGCGGCGCGGACCCCCUGGCCGCGGCGGCGGGCGGCGAGGGGCUGGACAACGGCGCCGACACGCGGCUGGCUCGCGCGCAGGAGAUCAUCCGGCGGCUGCGCAAGAGGGAGCUGUACACGUUUUGCAACCAGGCCAAUGUGCCGCAGGAGCUGCUGAGGGAGGGCAAGUGGGACGACAUGAUGAAGAAGUUCACGUCUGCGGAGGUGGCGGCCUGCCACCCGCAGCUGCGGCCCGAGGACGUCAUCGUGUCCACCUCCAAGAUCGACUUCACCGCGGGAGGCGGCAACCCGCUGGACUCGAUCCGGUUCUUCCACACCUCGGACGACACGGAGGCGUUCCCCAUGGACCCGCGCCAGGUGCUGGGCAUCAUACCCGAGUUCCACCAGGAGCACAUUGUGCGUGCCUACACGCCCCGCACCGAGCCCGGCUUCAAGGAGCGGGUGGAGGACGCCUUCCAGCGCUGGUGCCGCCGCUACUUCGGCAGCAACACGCAGAUGGCCACGCCGGCGCGCAAGCCGCAGCAGCAGCAGCAGCCGGAGGCGCUCACCGCGCGCGAGGCGGCGCGCGCCAGCGCCAUCCCCUACCGCGGCGGCGCCCCUGGCACUGCCGGCGCCGCCGCCGCCGCCCCCGGCUCCAUGCGCCCUCCCGCCGGCCCCGGCUCCGCAUCCAUCACCGUCGGCCCCGCAGCCGUCCGCAGCUCCGCCGCCGCCGCCGGCAGCGUCGCGGGCUGUGGCGGCGCCGCCGGCAGCGCUGGCGCCUCCGCCGCCGCAUGCCCUAGCCUCGGUGACUGGAGCGCCGGCGGCGGCGACGCCGCCACCGCCGCCGACGGUGUCGGCGGCAGCGGCGGCGCUGGCGGCACGCCCACUCGCUCCACUCCGGUUCUGGCGGGUGGCGGCGCCGCCACUGGGUCUCACACAUUCGGUGGUGUUGGCGGCGCGGCGGCGGCCACGGAGGGCGGGACGGGCACGGGAGCCGGCACGUCGACGGCGGACGGCGGCACCGGCAAGGGUGUGAAGCGGGCGCGCGGGUUGUUUUCGCAGGAGGAGGACUCCUAGAGUAGGAGCUAAUACUCGAGCAGGAAUGGCAUUUUUGUCAGAGUACAAGAGAGGGAAUUUUGCGCGCGAUGGUUGUUGGGGCGAGACUACUCCGUUAUACAAACGUACUUACACACGUACUACAUAAGAGAUGAAUAACCGUUGUGGUGCUAGUGCCAACAAGCUCCGGCUCAGUGAACCGUCAUGCUAGAAGCGUUCUACCCCGUCCCUGCCUUUGAAGCGGACGGGGAGCAUUGCAUCACAUCCAUAAGCGUUCACUGGCCCGUUUUAAGAUCUGGACUAAGGGCGGGCGGGACGGGACGGGACGGGACGGGACUGGACGGGACGGGACGGGAUGGUGGUGUUUGAGUGCGCCGAGGUGGUGGUGCGGGCACGUUGGCUCCUUGAACCGCUGCUGUGUGCGUUCGCUUGGCUGGUUGGCUGACCGUGUUCGUGUGACGUUUUGGUUGUCCGGCAUGCACGGAACUUCGGUUUGGGAGUAAGAACCGAAACGUCCAUGCAGGGCGUGGCCCGAGAACAGGAGGACGUAAUUUGUGGAGCCUGAGGGGUUGCACGGUGUGGCAGGACUGUGACCGGCUGCAGCGCACAGAGCGCCCACACGGGGCAUACGGAGUGGAUUGCACAAUGCGGUGGGACGCGGUAAGGGGCAGGUUGGCGUAGUCCGGUACGGUAGUGUGCAGCAUGUGUUGUCGCCGCAAACGGACCCUUUGGAAGAUUGGGACCGAAGAACUUUCCAUUCCAGAAAGGUAGCCCGCCCCGGACGGCACCCGUUGCCAACCAGAGGGUCGGUUUGGGGGCCAUUUCCUUUCAGAGUUUCAGAAAGAUCAGGAUACGAGCCCUGCGCCCGAGUGGCUGGAUGGCGGCAACAUAUGGAACACUGCA